AAGAUUGCAAGAAGAAGAGCUGAAUAAAAGAUUGGAAGAAAAUGAGCUGAAUAAAAGAUUGGAAGAAAAUGAGCUAAAUAAAAGAUUGGAAAAAGAAGAGCUAAAAAAGAAAUCAGAAAAAAAUAAAGUAAGAACAAGAGCAGAAAGAGAUGCACUAAAUAAGAAGCUGGAAGAGGAUGAGCUGAAUAAAAGAUUGCAAGAAGAAGAGCUAAAUAAAAGAUUAAAAAGAGAAGAGAUAAAAAAGAAGCUAGAAGAGACUAAAAGAGAAAAAGAUGCGAUAAACAAGAAUCUGGAUAAAAUAAAAAAGAGACUGGAAGAAGUUAGAGCAAAACAGGAGAUAGAAGAGAACAACACAUACAACAGUCUAAGUGGCGCUGAACAGGUAGUAAAAGACAAAUUGUGCGAAAUAGUCCAUCUGUAUGAUGGCAUAUGCAAGAACAUAGGAGCUGACAAGGCCGAGUGGUUUAUGAAGCAUGUUGGAUUUAUUAAGACAGUUACUGAAUGCCUAGACAGGCCUGUUCUGUUUUUUGAAAACAAACCAACUUCUCUGUCUGAGAUAAUAGACCAUCUAUUCUAUCCCGAGGAACGAGUAGCAUAUCCAUGGGAUGCUAUCAAUGUACACUCUGUAAGACUGGAUAUUCCUCCUGAGCUGAGAAAAAGCGAUGACUUGCUGAACAUUCUAUUCACUUACGUGAAAAAAAAGAUAUUUCCGCUGACAUACAUCACAAUAUGCAACAGUGCGCCCUCAAGUAACUUUAAAUUCACAGAGUUCGACUGUUUUACCAGGGUGAGAGAAGUCACUCUGAUUGAUGUGUCUUUGCACUCGAAUACUUUUAAGGACA